CUCUGCAGUAGCACCACUAAGGAUGGGUGCGGGUGGCUCUCCCAUGUGCCUCUCUCUCGCCUCAUUCAAGGGAAUGAAGAGCUGGCUGGACAGACUGUUACUCUGGGCUAUUUUUCUUUCUACUGCACUUCAGAAUGCUGCAGUGGAUUGUAAGAGGGUGAGAGCAAACGAAUUACCUUCUCCAAAUCUGAACUCAAGUAUGACUGUGGUCAGCAUGGACCAAAAUGUAUCUCUGUCUUGUUCCAGCAAGAACACAUCGGUGGAUAUCACCUAUUCACUAUUUUUGGGUAGGAAACACCUACAAACCAAGAUAAGUGGGGAGACUGUGACUUUUUACCUGAAGAUUUUCAAUGCCAACGAAACAGGCCCCUACAAAUGCAAAACCAAUGAUUCCAGUGGGGCGAAAUACAGUCAGGAAUUCAGCUUCACAAUCGCCAAAGACAGCUGCCCUUCAUGUCUGCUGUCACAGCUGCUGCCAGCAGUGCUACUGGGGCUGCUGGUAAUAAUCCUAGUUCUGGUUUUCUUCAUUCGAACAAAGUACAAAAGAGGAAAAGCUCGGACAGAGAGCGAGUCCAAGGGUUCUGGAGAUGCACCCAUGCAAGGCGAGCUGUAUGCUAACGUCUGUGAGACUCAGACAGAGGCAGGACAACCCCAGGAGCUACACUAUGCCACCCCAGUCUUCAAGGAGGUGGCACCCAGGGAACAAGAAGGCCAUGCCGGUAAUAAAGCAGAUUACGUCUAUUCUGACCUAACCUACUGAGGUGUGAAGAAGCCAACUGCAUCCCGUGUAAAAGAGACUUUCUAGUAAGCCGGUGUGUACGGGCAAGCGGCAAAUCCGCCUGGUGCUUCGCUGUUUCACACCAAGCUGGGGAAGGAGGACCCUGAAUUCAAGACCAAUUGGGACUACAAAGCAAGACCCCACCCAUCCAGGCGGUGGUGGCGCACGCCUUUAAUCCCAGCACUCAGGAGGCAGAGGCAGACAUCUCUGUGAGUUGGAGACCAGCCUGGUCUACACAGUGAGUUCCAGGACAGACUCCAUAGCUGCUGAGAAACCCUGUCUCGAAAAAACAAAAAACCCACAAACCCAAAACUAUUUAAGCUAGUCACCAAAGUGAAUUCCUAUUUUUCACAUCUGAACACUAUUCCUUUGUCAUCUAAGUAGCCAGGCUUGAGAAUAGUUAUAAAGUGUUUGAUUUUGUGGGCGUCCAUCGUCCUCACUUUCCAACACCAUUUAAUUACCUCAGGGCUGAAGAGGGGACUGUGCAGUUAAAAGCACAUACUGCUCUUUCAAGGGGCAGGAGUUUGAUUCCCAGUAUCCACAUCCCACAGCUCAUAGCUGCCAAUAACUUUGUUUCCAGAGGAUCCAUCACUGUCUUCUGGCAUCUGCAGGCACUGCACUCAUGUGCACAAGCACACACCUAAACACUUAAUUAAAAAUAAAUAAGCCUACAGCCAUAUCACCCGGAACAUGCCCAAUCUCAUCUAAAAAUAAAUAAUAAAAAUUUAAAAAGUUAAAUCUAGGCCGGGCGGUGGUGGUGCACGCCUUUUCCCAGGCAAAGGCAGGCGGAUCUCUGUGAGUUUGAGGCCAGCCUGGUCUACAAGAGCUAGCUCCAAACAGGCUCCAAAGCUACAGAGAAACCCUGUCUUGAAAACAAAACAAACAAAAGUUAAAUCUUAGACAACAGUGCUGUUUGUGAGAGAAUCAAGAGGGAUUACAUUAAUCAUUUUUCAUGAUCCCUUGUCCCCCUGCCCACCAAAGGUUCAAACACAAAAACACAGUGUGGCCAGGUGUGGUGGUACACUUUAAUUCUAGCACUCAGGAUACAGAGGCAGGUGGAUUUCUGUGAGUUCCAGGACAGCCAUGGCUACAUAGUGAGACCCUGUCUCAAAAAUAGGAAGGAAAAAAAGCAAGCAAGAAGAAACACACAAUGAACAGCUAUAAAUAGAGACCACCACAAAGCAUAAUCCAUGUCUAAAUAUAGGUGACCUUGAAAAUGGGUCUGAGGGUCUGGGGUGCUGGCUCCUCAGGAAAGAGUGCUUACUCCACAAGUAUGAGAACCUGUGUCAGGUCCCCAGCACCCACGUAGAGAGUCAGGUGUGGCUAUACACACCUGUAACCCCUGAAGUGUAGGGGAGCAGACCUUGCACGUGUGUGUGUGUGUGACUAUGUGACUGCAAACACAAAGUCAGUAUUGGUGUUAAUGAGAUGGUUCAGCAGUUAAAAGCCCGUGCUGCUUUGGCAGAAAACACUGGGUGGCUCCUAAUCCCCACAUAAGGCAGCUCACAACUGCCUGAACCUCAAUUCCAGGGGAUCCGAUACCCUCUCUGGACUCUUGGCACUCAUGUGUGCAUAUGCCCCCACAUAGACACCCAUAUAUACCUAAUUAAAAAGAAAACAAAUCUUGUUAGUAUUGAUUUGCUUUU